AUGAGCAAACUAAGGUCAUUGAAUCCAGCACUAGGGGCUGUGAAAAGUAGUCUAGCCUAUGGAUUUUCAAGCAUAACAAAUCCAGAACUAGGACAAGCAAUCAUUGAUAAAUUAGAUCUUAAAUCAAAAUAUCCCGAUGGUUCUAAAUUAGAAAUAGUAGAUUGUGAAUCCGGCACUGGAUUUCUAUCUACGAUGAUAAACUACGAGCUAAAACCAAGAAAGCAUGUCAUAAUAGAUAAUAGAAGAUACACUGCUCAGUCUUGGAGAAAUACUAUUAAACACUUAAAAGAAACCACGGGAAAUGUGGAAAAUUUUCAUUUUCUUAACGCUAAUAUGGCAGUUUGGUCUAUUUUCACCGAAAUGAUAAGAGAUAAAACCAUCCAACCACGAAAAAUACCCUUGGCUAGAGAAAACGAUGAGCUUUUAAUUAUCGGGAACUGUACUAACGGCCUGGGAGAAUUACAUCUUGCGAAUUGGAUUAAUUGUUGUGGGAAUGGAAAUUGGUUAAUGAGAUAUGGAAAAGUACGAAUGAUUGUCUAUUCAAGAACAAAUACCAUUGAUAAGUUUUUUAACGAGCCUGGGUUCCAUCUUCGAAACAGAUCAGCGUUGAAACGAGAACUAUUCACCGAUUAUAAACUAAUAGCGAUUCCUGAAGGGAAACCUCAUGGUUCUCAGUUUGACCCGAGGGUUCUAUAUAGAGAUCAACCUCUUUUGAUGCAUAAAAAAGACACAAGUGGUCCAGAGUUUGGAAUAGUUGAAUUGGUACAAAAUGGAAGAAGAUUUAGUCAAAUAGAAAGCAUUGAACCAUACCUACUGAUGAUGUUUCAGAGGAAAUUCUAUUACAUUAAAGAUUUCCUUCAUAUUCUUGCCCCCGGUGCAGAAGCUUUGGCUGAAUAUUUACCAAAGGAAAUUUUGGAGAAAAGGCCAUUAGACCUUGUACCAGAGGAUAUACUAAAGUUUGAAGAAUGUUAUCAGAAAUGGCCAUUCAAACCUCCAAUCUCAGAUAUAAUACCUGCGGGAGAGAUGGCUUUAGAACUAUAG